AUGAGGUCCAAGAAUCAAGGUGUUCUGGAGAACAAAGAUGAUGGCGAGACAGACGAUGACGAUGACGAUGACGAGGACGAAGAUGGGGAGGAUCAGGAGGAGGAUGGGGGCGAGGAGGAGUUCUCGGGUGACGAAGACAACGAGAACGAAGGGGAGGACGACGAGAAUCCCGAAGCAAAUGGCGGAGGAAGCGAAGAGGAGGACGACGACGACGAUGAAGAGGAGGAAGACGACGACGGAGAUGAGGACGAGGACGAAGAAGAUGACGAAGAAGAUGAGGAGGAAGAGGAGCAGCCUCCUUCUAAGAAGAGGAAGUGA